CCUCCAAAGCCCCAGGGAGGAAUACAAAACGAAGAAAAACCGCUCUCCGCCAUCCCCACCGCCCAAAAACCACCACCCAUGCUCUCCGGCCAGCCUUAAUUAAUUCUCCCAAAUUGCACUCCCGAUGCGUCCCCCCAAUCCCUCCCUCCGUCUGCUUGUCUUCUUUUCGAUCUGGGCGAUCGGCACCGCGGAGACGAGCCAGCCGGACUCCGAGGGGGUGACGGUGUCGUUCCGGCCGAGCGUCGCCAUCGUCAUCGGAGUUUUCUCCCUCAUGUUCUCUCUCACGUUUCUUCUUCUUGUGUAUGCUAAAUUCUGCCACACCGCCGCCUCCGAGCUCUUCUCCUCCGACCCCGGCCGCGUGGACCGACCCAACGGCCACAUCCUGUCCGACAACAACCGCUUCUCCGGCAUCGACAAGACGGUCAUCGAGUCGCUGCCCUUCUUCCGGUUCUCCUCCCUCCGCGGCGCCCGCGCCGGCCUCGAAUGCGCCGUCUGCCUCUCGAGAUUUGACGACACCGAGCUCCUCCGGCUGCUGCCCAAGUGCAAGCAUGCCUUCCACCUCGGGUGCGUGGACCGCUGGCUGGAGGCCCAUUCCAGCUGCCCGCUCUGCCGCUGCAAGGUCUCCGUGGAGGACGCCACCCUCUUCAAGUACUCCACUAGCUCCAGAUUCUUGUUCCCCUCCUCCCGGAGGGAAGAUCCGGCCAAAGACCUCGAGCUCGCGCUCUUCGUCGAGAGGGAGCCCGGGGAUAACAGCGGCCGCCACGGCUCCUCGAGAUUCAGCGUCGGUAGCAGCUUCCGGAGGAUGGAACGGAAGGAGAAGCCGAAUUUGCCGAUUCUGGAAGAAAGGAAUCAUGACGGCGGAGAAUUCUACCACAAGUUCAAGCAUCGAAUUAUAGUAUCGGACGUGGUGUUCAGGAGCAGGUGGAGCGAUGUGAAUUCCUCGGAUUUCAUCUCUCUGAACACGGACAUGCUGAGCUUGGCUUCCAGCAAGAGGUUUUCGAGUCUGGAUUCGGAUCUGAAUUCCUAUUCGGAAUCGAUUCCGAACGAGAAGCGCUCCGCGGAUCGGAGCGUGCUGAAGAUUAAGGAGGAGAUCGAGAAGAAGCGGUUGCUGGAGAGCAAGGCGAGCCAGAUGAACCGAGACCAGUCGGCGGCCGUUGGUUCGGCAUCGGACGGUGAGGGGAACUCGGGGACUGCUGGAUCCAGGGCUCUGGUUUCGUCCGGGAACAACAGAUCGAUGUCGGAGAUCACGAACUUGUCGAGAUUUAGGGCGGUUAGCGAGCCGGCCGGGUUCAAGGAGGAGAAGGUGAGGCGGCUUUGGCUGCCGAUUGCGAGACGGACGGUGCAGUGGUUCGCCGGAAGAGAGACGAGGUCGCAGUCGCAGGGGAUUCAAGAGGAGACAAGUGUUUGAGGAUUUGUCCAAGCUUCGGCUGGAAAAGCAGGAGAUCUUGUUGAUGGAGAUCAUUAAUCUUAGAUUAAUUUAGCCAGGAGAGAAAGGAAUAUGUUUUGCAUUGGAUUCCUCCUCUGGUUUUAGAGAAGCCAAAAGAAGAGUGAUUACUACAACUUGAUUUAUAUACUAUUGUAUAAGCCUUGUUAUGUUACUUGUCCGCAAGAAAUAUUUUUUUUUCAAAAAAACAAAGAAAAAGCAAAGAUUGAGCUCAUGCUGGUUCUUG